AAAUUCGACCCUAGCGCCUAUGGAGAAAACGCGCAGGAAGAGGAAGUUCUUUCUUUUGGUGACCGUGUUUGUCAAAGGGAACUAAAUAUGGCGGACGCAGCUCCAGCCGCAGCUCCAGCAGCAGCAGGACGUGGAGGGUUUCGUGGAGGAUUUGGCUCUCGUGGAGCCGGAGGUGAUCGUGGUGGGUCCAGGGGGAGAGGUCGUGGAGGUAGAGGGCGAGGGCGUGGACGUGGCCGUGGGAAGGAAGAUGUUAAGGAAUGGGUCCCAGUAACUAAAUUGGGUCGCUUAGUACGAGAUGGCAAGAUCCGUACUCUGGAGGAGAUCUACUUGUUCUCUUUGCCAAUCAAGGAGUUUGAGAUCAUUGACUUCUUCAUCGGGCCAUCUCUGAAGGAUGAAGUCCUGAAGAUCAUGCCUGUCCAGAAGCAAACCAGAGCUGGUCAGCGUACCCGAUUUAAGGCCUUUGUUGCGAUCGGAGAUAGCAAUGGCCACAUUGGUCUUGGUGUAAAGUGCUCCAAGGAAGUUGCCACUGCUAUUCGGGGAGCCAUUAUUCUGGCUAAGUUAUCUGUUGUUCCUGUACGCCGUGGCUACUGGGGAAACAAAAUUGGAAAGCCCCACACAGUACCAUGCAAAGUAACUGGAAAGUGUGGUUCAGUUCAGGUGCGACUCAUUCCAGCACCCAGAGGAACUGGAAUCGUUUCUGCGCCAGUUCCCAAGAAGCUUUUACAGAUGGCUGGUAUUGAAGACUGUUACACUUCAGCCAGAGGAUCAACUGGUACACUUGGUAAUUUUGCCAAGGCUACUUACGCUGCUAUCGCCAAGACCUAUGCGUACCUCACACCUGACUUGUGGAAGGAGAUGGCCCUUACCAAGGCUCCAUACCAACAGUACGCUGACUUCUUGUAUAAGAAUCAUCGCCCUGUAACUGGACCCCGCGAUACAGAAACUGUGUAAACAGCCGUUAUGAUUUUGAAACAAUAAAUCUUCCUGUGGGGAAAAACUCCAUAAA